ACACCUAAACAGGCAAAGCGCCAGUCUUGAAAACAAAUUGGUUAAAACGGGUGUUAAUUAUAAACUGAAAGUCUUCGUGGCUUGGCAAAAGGGCAAAAUGACUAAAUUUUCUCUUUUGUUAGCUUGAUACUUAACAAGAAAAGCAUACAAAAGAAUUUUACUUUUUUUCAAAUAGAUUUUGGAGAGCUUUCGAUUAGCUUCCGAUUUUCUGGCUGACUGCCGAGUUGCUAGGUUACAGGUUAACCAUUGUGUAAUAGGUAAUUGCACAACAUGGUCGAAUCACCUUUGGCCGAAGAAGAGAAAGAGUGUUGUUUUUACCUAAAAACAUGAUUUGCCCUGCCAAAGCGUUUGUUUUUUAGUUGUUACAGAGUAAAAUUUUCACCCUUCGGGUUUGCAAGAGUAUAAUUUUUACCGGACAUCUCAGUAGUAUGUCUAAAAAACUGUUUUCAAAAACUGUUGACAUUUUAAAUCAACAUAUCUUGUCGUGAGUCAAACACUUUGCGCCAGAUGAACUCACCUGUACGUGAAUUUUUAUUCGAUUAAAAAAAAUCUUUCACAUGGGAACCCUCGCGCUCUGAAUCCUCACUUAUGUCAUUGCCUGUAAGCCAUAUACGCUCCUCGGCGCAUGUAUUCUCUAAACUGAACCUGUCUUGCAUGUGUUGUUUUGUUGCUCAACUAUCAACAGCACCCGUCUUUCUCUGAAGCGGUACGCGCGCUCCAACACUAUGACGUCAUGCUUUGGCGAGUCUCUGUUGAAGAUCAAAGAUGGCGAUUUUGGAGCCAACAUGACUGACUUAUACAAUCAUGAAUGCUAUGAAGGAUUCUUAGAAGACGAGAGACGUUGAAGGAGGCACUGUCCAGCCAUGCACCUGAGAUGUGUGUGUGUUUUAUUAUUAGUGGGUGUCAACGUCACAUGGGCUGGACUGACACAGGAUUUUAAUCAAGUAUUCUAUCUCGGUUUUGAUCGAUACAAUGGAGAUCGUGUUUAUGAUGAUUCAUUGCACAACAACAAUGCAACCCUCAAGUCUGCUUUCUUAGAUAAAAUACCCGGCAGCUGUGGCAUGUGCGCCAGGGUGUGUUGUGGGGGAACUAUUCCUAUAGAUGGAGCUAAGUUCAUUGGCGUCCCUUACAUCGAAGUUAUGAUUGCUCUUAUGGUACAGCUAAAGGAGACAUCCGGGACAAUAAUCCUUUUCGAGACUAUCGGAGGACCGCCAAAGUCUAAUCACCAGGAACCCCAAUAUCUAUUGCAAGUGGAAAACGCUAGGGUACGCUGGUUUCACCGCAAUGAAAACGGCUCUACCGUGUUCAGUAUCGUGACAGACGGUCCUGUUCUGUCCAGUGGCAAAUGGUAUCACCUGGCCGUGAUGUAUGACGGUCUGCGAGGUAGUGCUAGGAUAUACGUCGACGGCAAACUGAAAAAACAAGAGACCGCUGACCCUGGUGUAUUUCUGUCCCGAGACUGGUCUAAAUAUGCCGGUAUAGGUAAAUAUGACGGACAAGGUCGCUUGGAAGGCUAUGUGGACGAGCUAUACAUAUACAAUAGGACUCUCCCUGAACCAGCACUUAAUGCACUUAUUCAAAAGUGUCAGGGGCCGAAGAGCACCAUGGUCCUGCAUUUGAGUUUUGACAAGAAAAGUGGGACCAAAUUUCUGGAUGAUUCUGGACUUCUGAACCAUGCUGUGAUCGGUGGACCGCCUCUGCAACCAGGCCAGCCUACUCCAGCCCCUCCCCCUCCCGCCAAAGGAAGCUGUGGAAAUGGCGUACAGUUAAGCGCGGGACAAGCAGAUAUUAAACUUGACGGAAAAACAUUCCGAAACAAACCAAUCGACGGUGUUACGCUUGCGCUGUGGAUCAACGUGACGUCAGUGAAAGGAAAGCAUUACCUGUUUGACACGAUUGGCGGACACUCAGCGCAUAAACACGACCAAUAUCUGCUAAUCAUAAAUAACGGAGCCAUCACUUGGAGUCAUAACGAUGAAAAUGACAGGCAGCUGUUUACAGUAACGACUGAUCCUAUAGUUAUUGAGAAGCAAUGGGUGCACGUAGCUGUGACGUACAGUGAUGUCAGUCGGCAAGCAAAAGUGUUUAUCAACGGCAACCUAAACAAGCAGGGGCCUGGAUCGGGCCGACUGUCGGAAGACUGGGACAGCUAUGCGGCGUUUGGUAAACACGAAGGAGCUGUGACGGACGUUGACACACUGGAUGAAAUAUAUAUGUACAACAGGGAACUGUCUCCAUUUGAAGUUAAAACUCUUUAUGACAACUGUAACUUUGGCUCAGCCAAAACACCGAGUACCGGCCAAGUGCUUUACUACGGAUUUGAUCGCGUGUCAGGUAGUAACGUGUAUGAUGACUCUGGCAGUACGAACAAUGGUGAGUUAACCAGCCUCGCUACCGUGACAAAGACCAGUGGGACUUGUGGGAACGGACUUAAGCUUCAUGGAGGCAAUAUUCUAAUCAGUGGUCAGCGGAUACAAAGAAAACCACUGUUCAGUGUAACAGUGGCUGCGUGGCUUAAACUAGAUACCAACCGUGGUCAGCAGUCUAUCUUCAGCACUUGUAACCCGGACAACCCGUGGAACAGCCACGUGCAAUAUUCACUUACGAUCACAGACGGACGAGUAAAAUGGUUUCAUAAGAACGAAAAAUCACAGACUGUGUUCAGCGUCGAGACAAGCACACCAGUGGUGCCCGCGGGCACAUGGACGCAUGUUAGCUGUACUUACACAGCAACUGGCGGGAAAUCUGAGAUUUAUGUGAAUGGAGUGUUGAAAAAACAAGAGUUCACUGGCUCAGGAAUUCUCUCACAGGACUGGGGCGGUAAAAUCAGCAUUGGUAAAGAGUACGACAAAGGGAGUGAUGGUAAAUGGGUCGAACUCAACAGUCUAAACGGCAUCAUUGACGAGUUCUACUUAUUUGAACGCGACUUGAAGCAAAACGAAAUAACACUCCUUGCUCAGACGUGCAAUUAUCACAGAAUAGUACUGCACUAUGGCUUUGACCUGUUCACUGGUAAAACAGUGUAUGACCAGUCGGGUCUCGCCAACAAUGGCCUCGCGAUUAAUGGCACGACAACAUCCAUUAACGGGACAUGUGGAAAGGCGGUUAAUAUGACCAUGGGACAACUGAAACUUCCAGGCGAUAAUUUCAGAGGAAAACCCCAGAAGGCCAUCACGAUAUCAGUCUGGAUCAGUCUCCAAACAAACAGGGGACGACACGAAUUAUUUGACACGAUCGGAAGUCAUUCUGAUCACAAACACGACCAGUACGACUUCGCUGUGCAGGAUGGGAAGGUUAUCUGGUAUCACCACCAAGAAAACGACAAAGAGGUGUUCAACAUCGUCACCCUUCCCGUCAUUCCCGCGCGCAACUGGACUCACCUGGCCGUGACGUACGACUCUUCCACCAUGUUGGCCAAAGUUUACGUAAACGGAGUACUGGUGAAACGAAAGUCCGCCAGCGGGGAUCUUUCACAAGACUGGGGUCAUUUUGCCGGCAUUGGAAGACACUUUUACGAAGGGACUUAUUUAUCUGGACUUAUUGAUGAAUUUAUUAUAUUUAAUUACUCUCUUAGUGACUCUGAAAUUAAGUAUCUUGCGCAAGGGCGGUGCUCCAAAAAGUAAGUCGACAAUCUCCGUCGUGCAAUCUCUUUUUUAUAAACAAAGUCUGCUUAUAUAACAUAGUUUCCAGAACGAGGGAACUGCCUCAAGCUUUUUAUAUAUAUAUCUAUGUAAGGUAAAUAUUCUCAGUCAGUUAGAAGUAAACUUUAACGGAAAAUAAAGCAGUUCGUCGAUAGAAAUAACAGUAAAUUUGAAAGUUACGUUAAGGCCUGAGAGGAGAAAAGUAGUUUUUUAGUUUAAAUUUUACUUAAAGAACCAUUAUUAGCGAGGUUAAAUUUUCCGCCGCCCAGCUUUAAAGAUUGAAGCGAUGUCAGUUUGCGCCUUGCGCCUGCCACCUUGCAGUUCUUGUUAGUUGUGUUUCCGGGCUAGCCAAGUCGAACUUCUGGCGCGGAAUUGAAAACGAAGCUUUCAACUUUGCGAAUGUUUAAUAUUUAUUUUAAUAUUCAUAUUUUACUGUAGUCCACGUUUCUGCUACAAUAGACGAGAACGAAUUCAAUUAAAAUUACGUCGAAUUAUUUAAAUGAAAGUCUAAAUUACUUGAGAAGUGGUGAGUAAGAACUAUACCACGACUGGGGCUUGGUGCAAUCUUUGGAGAUGAACGCUAAAGCAGCUGUCUUUUGUAGUAAGUUCUGCCGCUUUGUUCUUUGCUCCCUCAAAUCGUGGAGAAAAAAGGCUAACUGUAGAAUUUAGAAAGAAGACCUUUUCGCCCCCGCGUUUAAUUUUCUCUCGACCCUUCUUUCAGAACACACCCACAAACCAAAAGACUAUGAUCUUUUUUAAAAGAGAUUAAAUACUCUUGCAGAGAUCGACGGAAUACAUGUAUAGUCAAUCCUAUCGACACCAAAAGUGUCGAGAUUAUACAAAAUAGCAAAUAACCUUUGCCGACUUCUUCUCUCGCACGUGCUAUACGGGUAAGUUGACAUGGCUGAUAUUCAAGAUCAGUCCAUCAGAAUGCCUUAUUGCAGGUUCAGUGGAACCGGAUAAUUUUUUGCACCUCUUUUUCAAAAGGUCGUGUAAUGAAUGAAUCUCUUGUUAACUAAGCAAUACUGUGACAAUUCCUCCGCCGAUAUUCUACCAUAAGCUCGUUGAGCUGUCUUAGUAAACAUAUAUACCAUUGUAAAUUAAAAUUGGUCAUAAUUUUAUUAAACAAUCCAUCGUGGUCGCGUCGUUACUUCUGACCAGGUUCUUUCCUUUACUAACCUAUACCUGUCAAUAAAGAUUCUUACUACGUGGAGAGAGAAAAAAGUUACCUGAACAAACAAUCAAGCCACAAUUUGAAGUACAUAAGUCAGUGUUUUAUUGCAAAACCUGAGGUCGCGGAUAACUUAUUUAUAAAGCCUUUCUCUUUCAAGCAAAAGGUAAUGCAACAAAUAAAUAGGAUUAAAACCAGCUACUGUAGCUGUCUAAGCCACAGGCGUGUCUGUACAAUGUAUCUUGCUUUUUUUCUGUCAGCAGAGUCGUGUGAGGACACUAGACACCAAUAUAGGACAAUAACACGAGAAAAAUGGCACCCGUCCACAUCUCGUUACUCACUUUCUUUCUGCCUGUAAUCACAAGUGUACAAUUUUCAUCAAGGUGCCACAGAGAAUUUCGUUUUCUACAACAAAAAACGUGUUUUUUUUUUCUUCUGAAACAGAAAACGGAAACGUGAAAAAGAGUAGUCAUUUGGGAGUUAACUGAGUCCUUUUUACCGGCUAUCAUUUAAGUCCAGAAGAAAUUUUCACCAUUAAAUCUCUCCAUUUAGCGGUCCAAUGUAUGUAGCCGCCACACUGUAAAGUGAGUAUGGAAAGUAAAAAAGUUUUUAAGGAUUCCAUAAACUACUAUGCAAGUUGGUAAUAUGAAUAAAGACACAGUUUGCCAUUUCACACCAAAGGUGUGAAAUGGAAUAUUCUCUUAAAAAAAAAAAA